UUUGGAAGGGGGAAGCAAAUUUUAUUACAAAUGGCAUUGCUUCAAAACACUGAGCACCAAAGUUUGGAAGGGGGAAGCAAAUUUUAUUACAAAUGGCAUUGCUUCAAAACACUGAGCACUUGCAGUUUACAAACUCCAUUUGCGUGGCGAGCUUUGAGAGAAAUUAUAUGACUUAAUUCUGGUCGAAUUCGAGGUUUUCAGGCGAACUCAUGUGUUCUCCAGGCCUUUCUUGGGUUUGCGAUUUUUUUCAACACAAUUUCACCUUCUCUUCUGACAUUGUCGCAAAUGGCAUUUCGAAAGAAAAAGAAAAGGAUUUGCUUAUGUUACUUUCUACGGUGUGUAGACACUUUCGUAGGAACGACUUUGAACAAGAAUGUGGAACACAUGGCCUGAUUGAUAAUGUGGAGAAUCUGGAUCUCUGCAGACAUGGAAAAGGAAUGGCAAAUCACAAUUGCAUUGAUCUUGUUGCUGAAAGUUUGGUGUUUCUCUUGGUAUUGGAAAGCAGUUUUAUUAGUCAUUUGGCAGGGAAAUCACUAUAUGUUCUAUCAUGUUAUCUCAUGGAAUUGGAUUCAGAAUGGAAAGAGUUUCUUCAUUAUCUAUGGAUUUCUCUGAAAGUUGUUUGUUCUAAGAUUAAAACGCAGCCAAUGUUCGAUUCUGCAGGCCAAUCAUGCCCAUAUGCAAUGGAUCAGAGAUCCUUCACUUCUGGUUCUAUUGCUCUAAAAGAACCUUAUUAUAUCUCUUACUUGGUAAAGGAAGUUUGCUAUUCAGAUUUAUCCAAUAAUUCAACUUGUUUGAAGAAAAUUUAUAUUGCAGCUUCACAAUUAAUGCAGCUUCUUCGCAACAUUCUUAAGGCUUGCAAUUUGAAAACUGAAAAGCAUGUAGAUAGCUAUGUACAUAUUACAGAGACAUACAUUGUGGACAUUGCUUGGGUUCUCUUAAAUAAUCUUUGCUUGAACAAACCCGUCUGUCCUGUGAAAGAUUCCUGUGACAAUUCUUUGAUUCCUACAAGUAACCAGGCAUUUCAUGAUGUGGAAAAAGAACUCGUUUUAGGUUCCUUAAUUCAAAUUCUUUGCUCUUUAGUGCAUGCUAUUGCUUCCAAGCACAAUGAAGUGGGAGGAGUGAAUCUUGCAAGUCAUUGGCCCUUGUUGACAAAAGUAAAUGAAAUGAUCCCAGCACUUUCAAUUCCAAGUCUUGCUCUGCACAAUCACCCAGGACAAAGUUGUAUUUCAGAUUUCCUGCGCUAUAAGCUUUUGAUGUUAAUGAUCAGACUUAGCCACUGUUUUCUACAAAAGCCUUCUUUCUUUGUGCUGUGGCUGGACUUGCUUUGGGAACAUGCUGCAGAUCUCCUUUGCCAUCCAUUGCCUGAAAACAAAAUUCAUGAGAGCUCUUUACUAGGAUCUCCGUUUUGGACUUCUUCAGAUCAUUGCAACAGAGAGUUUAAUAUCUGUAAAAGUCAUUUACAGAAUCGUGCUAUCUUUCUCUUGUUCAAAUGCUGUUUUAUUAUGAUCAGAGAAAAUAUGAAAAUUCCAAAAAAAUCUAUUUCUUGUCAUGUUUCUUCACUGGAAAUAAACUCUAAAAGCAGUGUUAGUCAGCAGAAUUCUGCAGUUGAAUCAGGCAAUGUAAAGGCUGUGGUAGCCUUAAUGAAUUGGCUACAAAUGCAGAUGUCCCAUUUAUCACCUUUGAAUGGUGAUUUUUUCAGUAACAGAUGGAUUACGUUUACAUCAUCUUUCCUACGAUUGUUCAUGGAUGAGGAUGAUCUCAUGUUUCAAAUGUUGUUGCAAUUGCUGGAUAUGCCCCUACCUUUGCAACAAGGGAAAUACAAUGGAAACAGUGUACCAGAUAGCAAAAGGCACAUGGAUAAUUGCUUGCCAAUUUUAGAAUCUUUGAGGCCAUGUUUCCUCUUCCAUGAAUUCUUGGCAUUGAUACAAUAUGAUCACUUAGUAAUGGUUGACUACCUUAUUUCAAAGAGUACAGGAACCCUAUGCUUGUGCUAUCUUCUUAGGAGUCUAAGAGUUUUGUGUGACUCGUGGCCUAAUUCUGCUGUAUUCUCAAUUGAUAUAGGCAGUCCUCAAAUUACAGAGCUAAGCAACCACAGUUCACAAUUGGAAAAUACAGCAAACAAAAGGAAAAGAGAAUUAGAAAGUUUUCCUGUAUCAGCGAUUGCAAUUGAUAAAUCAAGAAUUGAAAGUUCCAAGAGAUGUUUGUCAUCAUUGUAUCUUCACAUUGAGAGUCUUCAUAAGAAGGACUUGUUCCCCUAUAACCCAUCUCCAUUGUUGAAACGCUUGGAAAAGUUCCUGCAGGUUUACAAUGAAAGGCAUGGAAUUUGAACUAGUCUCUGUGAUCCAAUGCCCUCAGUUUGGUGUGUCACUUUAUAAGGAGUACAGGGGAUAGUCAAGACAGUUUUGUAAAGAUGAUGACAGAGUCAAAGACAGUGGGAUACUUGGGAAGCAAUGACUGUUGCAAAGCAAGGAAGAAGAAAUGCACAGUUCUAUUGGGUUUUGUGAUAGAUAAAGAAGCAAGAUGAUAAAAAUAUGACAUUCACAAAGAAAGGAUAGUCUUCCAAGUUAUAAAAGAUAGUCCACAAGAUGAAGGCAUAGAUCACAAGGAACCAAAAUCCUUGAGGUAAGGAAAAUUGCAGUCCUUUGGAGAGCUGUGAAGGAAAUCAUGAGCAGCAACGAUGAUAAUGAUAAAGGUCUAUUAGAAACAUAAAAAAAUGACAGAGCAUUAUUAAAAGAACACAUCUUAAAGAUGUCAAAGACAGCAACAGAUCAAGAAGGACAAUCAUUUGGAACAGUCAUAAAAAGAGGAGAAGUGACAGUUACAAAGGGGUCAAAGCUUGCAUCAAUAAAGGAAAGACAUGAAGAGGAUCUCAAACAUCUAAUGUUAGCCCUCAUGAAAGAAAAAGUGGAUACAACCUACCCAAUGCAUUCACUGUAGACAGGGAGCAACCCAAAGAACAGUUGACAAACACAAAUGUGGCAGUGACGGCAACAUCUCACAGCCAUUUAGAGUUUUUCAAGACUAUUAUUUAAAAAGGGCAGCAUGCAUGCAGGUAGUUCACAUGAAAGUUUGAAGGACUUAAAGGUCACCCAAGGAACUCAAAGAAGCACAGAAAAGUUCAGUCCUGAAACUUGUAGAGGACAGCAAAUGAACACACUGUCAAACAUAAUUGUUAGAGGGAUCAAGGUUGCCGUUUUUAAAAAUAAAAGUCCAUAUGACUCAUAAGGUCGUGACAAAGAGCUCCGUGGUGAAACAAGAAAGAACCUGAAAUGAUCUAUCAUUAUUGAUAUCAUGAGUGCAUAGUUACAAGGUCUUGUAGAGGAAGGAGAUAUCAGUCUUAUUCAAGACACUAAUAAGAUGAGAUGCCAUAGUCACAAGUAACAGUGGCAAUGUUAAGGGAAAACAGUCUAUUGGCGACAUUAUGGGAAAGCAUUCUACAGGAUUAGUUAUCUUUGACAAGCUAAAGUGAGUGUUAUUCCUUAUAUUGCAGUUAGAAGAUGACUUUGAAGAAUAUUUGGAUUGUGAAGAGGAAUUUCUUGAUUGGUAUAAAGGUAUGGACAAAGGUUCAGGUUUAUGGAAAGUAUCAAGAACUUCAUUAUGCAUGUAACCAAAGAGGCACGAAAAGACAAACAUAUCAUAGUCAAAAGAAAGCAGAGUCUUUUAAGAAACAAUCAUGUUCAAUGCAUGAAUGAGCAGUCAUAUAAAGAGAUAAGGUAAAGGAAGACAGAGGCUUGAAUGAUAGUCUUAAGACCUUGCAAGCAAAGUGAGAGCAUUGCCAAAGGCAAAGACCUACAGGACAGCCAUAAAAAACAUCAAAACUACUAUUGAUGAUGUGAAAUGAGGUUCAUAACAGCAUUCUCAGUCCAGAGCUAUCAAAGAAGAGGACCAAUGAAAUGGUAUCAUUCAUGAAGGGUGGUGUAAGCUUAAUCAAGUAAGAAGACAGGCAAUGUUUUCAUUGCCUGUGAUGACAAGUAGUAAUGGCAUGGCAGUGAGGAGGAGGCAUACCACAGUCCUACACGAUAGGGAGGUCCCUUGAAGAAUGAGGUGAAAGCACUAAUACAUGAUACAAUGAAAAAUCAGUCACAACACAUAAUGGUGCACUAAGGGAGAGAACUAUCCUGUAUAAUAAGAAAUGAGGAUAGGGACAGCCCACAUGAUAAUGAAUGCAAAGGACAAACAAGGACGUUCAUUAGCAUCUCAAAAGAACAUCAGAAAGACAUGAGUGGUGUUUUGAGUCCAGCAAACUAUGAGGGACAAAGAAGCAUAAAAGCAUAAGGAUAAAGAACAAAAGAUAGUGCACUUCCAAAAUCUUAAGGGUUUCAUUGGCAUGUUAUGAAGAAUGAAACAUGCGGAGAUCAAAACCAUGGAGUAGAGGCCUGCUACAGAAUCAGAGGAAAAAGGGCAGUUUUGGGCCUCAUAAUGGCCACUUUGGUGUGUUUUAACUUGCCCAAUGGAUAGAGGUGUGUUUGGGGAAGAAUUUGAGGCUGUUUGGAGACUGUUUGAAGCACUUAUGAAGAUUUUUAUUGUGAGAAACUAACUGAAUCCGAUCCACAACAGUUGUGUGAAGUGAAAACAUCAUGGAGAGUAGAUUUAGGGGCAAGUUGAUGAGGUGGACUGUAGGCAGAGGGCAUCUAGGAUAAAGUAUGUGUGUUAUCUAGCUGGUGGAGGAAAUUUAGCAGCAGUUGAAGACCUUUUCCAGCCAAUACCAGGAAUAUAGGGGCAGAUUUGAGACCUUACCCAUAGACAAGUCAAAGAGGGAGGUUGUUCUUCAUAAAUGAUGCAGUUUGAAGCAGUUUGAAGGGGUCUUUUGGCCAAAAAUCAGUUACAUUCGACCCAGCAAUGAUAGAAGACUUCUUCAAACGUCCAAGGCAAGACACAUGUCACAUUUUCUCAAUUGCACAUGUUGCAGCUUGUAUGAACAAUGUAAUUUAUAAAUAUUCAGCUGCUAGGCCUUCAACUUUUUUAGUUAUUGCUUUCUUUUGCAAAGUACUGUAGCUUCCAGCUCUUUCUAGGCAAAAAGUUUAGACUUGUAACUCAUUUUCAGUCACUUAGUGACUUUUAUAGCAUUGUAAAUUCAGAUUUUCGAAGCAAAAGAGUAUCAUUUCCAGAGUCAUACUAUUGUAAUGAGUCCUUUAUUCAAUAAAAUUCAAAUAUUUGCCUUC